UGUAGUGGCAGUGUGGACAUGUCACAGUUCACUCUGGAAGCCUGAUCAAGUGGGUGGACGUGGUCAAGACUUGACAUUAUGCUUAAGAUGAGGACCCAGUUUGGAGUUUUGUUUUUGUUGACCCUGUGGGUGGUCUACUCUGAUGCUUGGUUCUGGGGCUGGACUGGUACUACAACUUUGCCCCCAACAGUGGACCAUGAGGGGUCUGGCAGUUCAGCAGGUAGUGGAGAACCACCAUCAGAGAGUAUCGCAAGGGUUGGAGCGGAGAUCAUUGAUGAAGGACAUGGGAUCCAAAAUGUUAUGCAGACGUGGGAUGAGACCACUGAGGGACCUCGACUGACCACUCUAAUACCUACAACACAACCGGAGAAUGGUCGUGCAUCAGAAAAGGGAACAGCAGGGAUUUCGUCACGCACACGUAAACCUGAAGAAAGUGGAGUCUCCCUGCAACAGCUGAUUGGGGAUCCUCCCCCAAACACAAUCACCCAGGUCUACGGGCCCGACAACAGCCCUGGCUAUGUGUUUGGCCCUGAUGCCAACACAGGGCAGCUGGCCCUCGCCCACCUGCCGAGCCCGUUCUACCGAGACUUUGCCCUCAUCUUCAACCUGAAACCCACCUCUGAAAGGGGCGGCAUCAUCUUCUCCGUUACAGACGCCGCACAGCAGAUCAUGUAUGUGGCUGUUAAACUGUCCGCCGUGAAGGGCAGCAACCAGAAUGUCAUCCUGUACUACACUGAGCCCGGCUCCCAGCAGUCGUAUGAGGCGGCCAGGUUCCUUGUGCCCUCCAUGAAGGAUACCUGGACUCGUUUUGCCAUCGCUGUGAGGGAUGAGAAGGUGAUGUUCUACUUCAACUGUGACACAGACCCUCAGGUGAUGCGCAUCGAGAGGUCGCAGGACGAGAUGGAGCUGGAAGCCGGUGCUGGGGUCUUUGUCGGGCAAGCUGGAGGAGCUGAUCUUGAGAAGUUUCUAGGGGUAAUCAGUGAGCUGAGGGUGGUGGGAGACCCCCGUGCUGCUGAGAGGCACUGUGAGGAGGAUGAAGACGACUCUGAUAUGGCUUCAGGUGAAGGAAGCGGCGAUGAGGAAAGCAGACGUCCAAAACCAACCGUGGAGAAGCAUAGAUGGACGACUACUCCUCCAUCUUCCCGGCCCAUUCAGCAGCCACCACUGACCAGGAAGGACGAGCUGUCUAUGGCAAGAGAAACAGCAAGUGACUCACAUCACGUUUCAGUUUCUGCGGAGUCCAGGCCCGGGCUUCCUGUGUCACCAGGGCCAGCUGGGGCUAAAGGAGAAAAGGGCGGCCGAGGGGAUGGAGGAGUGAAAGGAGACAGGGGCCCAAUUGGGCCGAAAGGAGAGGCCAGUUCUGGCUCCAGCUCACGAGGCGGAGCCCGUGGAGAGAAGGGAGAACCAGGGGAAAAGGGAACAAAGGGCAGUGCAGGCUUUGGCUACCAAGGAAAGAAGGGAGAGCCGGGACUCUCUGGGCCCUCUGGUCCCCCUGGCCCUCCAGGGCCUGCAACCGAGUUUUCAGUCGGCGGUGACGGCUCAGUGGCUUCCGGUGUCCCCGGACCCCGAGGACCAGCUGGACAAGCAGGUGCCGCGGGCCCCCAGGGACCAUCCGGAACUGAUGGAGAGCCAGGUGAUCCUGGGGAGGAUGGAAAAACCGGCCCUGAUGGACCUCCUGGCUUCCCAGGAACUCCUGGUGACUCUGGAUCUAAAGGAGAUAAGGGAGAUCGUGGAGAGGGUCAACCUGGCCCCAGGGGAUCACCAGGACUUCCUGGACCCCCAGGUCAAGGUAUCAGAUCUACUUUUGUGGACAUGGAAGGCUCAGGGUUCCCUGAUCUGGAAUCUGUUCGGGGAAUGCCUGGCCUACCGGGUCCCCCUGGUCCCCCCGGACUCCCCGGUCCCUCUACAGCAGGCACAGCAUCGAGUUCCGGGGCAUUUGGACCACCAGGAAAGGACGGAGUGCCUGGUCAACCUGGCUUGUCUGGUUUGCCGGGUACUGAUGGCUUCCCAGGAGUUUCUGGUCCCCAAGGAGAAAGGGGGGAUUCAGGCGAGCUGGGUCUUCCAGGAGCAGUUGGACAGAAGGGAUCUCAAGGAGACCCUGGUUUACUGGGAAUUUCAGGAGAGACCGGACUGGCUGGUCUGCCUGGACCCAUCGGACCAGUUGGACAACCUGGGCCUCCCGGGCCUCCGGGACCAAGCUAUCGUGUUGGAUUUGAUGACAUGGAGAGCUCUAGUGGAGGUUUCAGCAAUGGACUCCCUGGUGUCAGAGGACCUGAAGGAAGACAGGGUUCUCCCGGCUUGCCUGGACUUCUGGGUAAGGCAGGGAUGCCUGGUAUGCCAGGUCAGAAGGGCAGUGAAGGCCUCAUAGGAAGAGAUGGACAACCAGGCUUGGAUGGCUUCCCUGGACCUCAGGGACCAAAGGGUGACGGUGGCGAUAAAGGAGAGAGGGGUGACCAAGGUCGGGAUGGAACCGGACUCCAAGGUCCCCCCGGUCCACCAGGACCACCAGGACAAAUCAUCUACCAGACAUCUGGCAACGCGGAUGGUGUUGUUGGCAGUGUUGGGUCUCAGGGAGGAGCUGGUUUACCUGGUCAGGCUGGAUUCCCUGGUCCUAUUGGACCAAAGGGUGACAGGGGAGACUCUGGCCUUCCAGGCUAUGGAGUGAAGGGUGAGAAAGGUGAACCAGGUUUAGUAAUUGGACCAGAUGGAAAUCUUCUGCAUCUGGAACAGCAGAACGGUCUGAAGGGAGACAGAGGAUCACCUGGACCGGUUGGACCCACUGGCCAGUAUGGGCCUGCUGGAAUAAAGGGUGAACUUGGAAUGCCUGGAAGACCUGGUCGCCCUGGUGUAAAUGGGUACAAGGGAGAGAAAGGAGAUGCAGUAGUUGGUUCUGGCUAUGGCUACCCAGGAGUCCCUGGCCAACCCGGACCACCUGGACCCCCCGGGCCAGCCUUUCCCUUAGACCGCUUCAAUCGCUAUGAUGAAACUUCCAGGAAUUAUCCAGCGACGAAAGGGGAAAAAGGAGCGGAUGGUGAUAGAGGACUUCCAGGAAUCCCAGGAACAGCCUCUAAUUUUGACAUUUACACAUUCAAGAAUGAACUGAAGGGAGAGCGUGGCGACCUCGGUGUGAAGGGAGAAAAGGGAGAGUCUGGUGGUGGAUAUUAUGACCCACGUUUCGGAGGAGUACAAGGCCAAACAGGGCCUCCCGGCAAACCGGGCCUUGAGGGUCCAAAGGGAGAAUCCGUAUUGGGACCUCCUGGACCCCAGGGGCCACCAGGGACACCAGGGAUUGGUUACGAUGGGCGUCCAGGUGCUCCAGGACCACCUGGACCUCCAGGACCCCAAGGAUCUCCUUCACUUCCCGCAGCAUAUAGGCCCAAUAACCCUGUCAGUGUUCCUGGACCUCCUGGUCCUCCUGGUCCUCCUGGAAGUGCUGCUAUCUCCUCUGGGGUUACUAUUUUGAGGUCAUAUGACACAAUGGUAGCUACUGCCAGACGCCAGUCAGAGGGCAGCCUCAUCUACAUCAUUGACAAAGCAGACCUCUAUUUGAGAGUACGCGAUGGACUGCGGCAAGUCAUGCUUGGAGAGUACAGUCCCUUCUACAGAGAUCUGGAGAACGAGGUGGCGGAGGUCCAGCCUCCACCUGUGAUCGUGUACCCCCAGUCCCACAACAACGGAGCUGGCCAUUACUCUCAGGGUGGUUCUGCCAUACGACCCAUUGAGCCUCCUCCACAUCCACCUGUAGACCCCAGAUACCCCCCACGUUAUGAUCCCAGAUUCCCAGAACCGAGACACACAGGUCAGACAGAUGGAAGGUUAGCCACCCAACAGACUGACAACAGAUACGCUGUAACUCCACAGCGACGGCCCAGUCCACCUGUACCGCAGCCUGCUGUCCAUGUGGAGCCGUCAGCAUCAGGACUGCAUCUCAUCGCCUUGAACGCCCCUCAAACUGGUAACAUGCGAGGAAUUCGCGGAGCAGACUUCCUUUGCUUCCAGCAGGCCCGAGCUAUAGGCCUGAAGGGGACCUUCAGAGCUUUCCUGUCCUCCAAGCUUCAAGACCUGUACACCAUUGUUCGCAGGUCGGACAGAGACAGCUUCUCUAUCCUCAACCUCAAGGACCAAGUGUUAUUCAACAGUUGGGAGUCACUCUUCAGUGACAAUAUGAACAAAAUGAGGGAGAAUGUACCAAUCUACUCCUUCGAUGGGAGAGACAUCCUCAGGGACAGCGCAUGGCCAGAGAAAAUGGUCUGGCAUGGAUCAAGCAACAAAGGCCACCGGCAAACAGACCACUACUGUGAAACAUGGCGGGCGGGCGACCACGCUGUGACUGGUCUGGCAUCAUCCCUACAGAGCGGCCACCUCCUGCAGCAAAGCUCCAGUAGCUGCUCCGGCUCCUACAUCGUCCUCUGCAUUGAGAACGCCUUCACAUCACACUCCUAAAAAUAAAUCCCGUCCAUACUCCGUUUGUUUUUGUUCUGGGCCCUAGUUAAACACAGUUUUAAUUCCCCGAGAACACGCCUGGUGAACAUGUGGCGUCCAAUGAACUGGCCUUGUGGCUCUUUGUCUGGCAGAGACGCUUUGCAUUGCCUGCUCCUCCCCUCCAUAAACGCCAAAGAGAUGGGUUGAACAGAGGGGUGUUGGGCCUUUUUUUCGGGGAUAUUGGCACAUAUUUUCUCCAUGGGGCGAAACGGGAGCGGAGAAGCUUCUCAAAUUGUAUCCAUUUUUUUUUAUUCUGUAUAUUACAUGUUUGUUGUUUGUGAUUUUUUUGGUUAAUUUUUUUUGACGUUUGUUUUACUUUUGAACUGUGUAUAAAAAUGCUAUAUCCAUCCUGUUAUUUUUUAUUUUAGGUUUUGACUAUUUCCACACUUUUUUCCAAUUUCAUUUAGCAUUGUGGGCUAUGACGGGGAACAGCACACUUUAAAAGACUAUUUUAAAGAAGAUGAUAGAUAUUUAUUUUUAAAUGAAGUUAUGUAA